AUAAACAGGUUGAAGUAUUAUUGUGUAAAGAUCCUCAGCAGGAUAAAGUUAAACAUCUCGUCCAGGAAAUUGAGAAACAGCGGGACCGGUACAAGGAUCAAGUGCAAACCUUGAUACAACAACUUAAAUCUGAUUCAAUACAACCCAGAUUUCUGAGUACAAAUGAACCAGUGUACAACAACAACAGCAAGCCUGUACAACAGCAAACUAGUACGGGCAGCUUUGUACCGCGUGUUGAAAAUUCGCAAUCUAAUGAUGUACAUUCAGCUAGUCAAUUACGUACAACAAUCCAGUCUAAAAGUACAAUACAAGGGGCCAGGGGUAUUAACGAAGGGACCAGGGAUGGAAAAGGGAGUGUUCAAGCUGACAAGGAUGUAUUCCUGGAUAAAGGAAAGAUGGAUAUGAUUCGAAAUGAACUCUCCAGAAAGCAGGAUGAACUGACCCUAAGCAAGCUAGAGGUCACAAACCUGCGCGCAGAGCUUAUGGACUGUCUUGCACAACUUCAGAGGGGUGGAGAGAAGGGUACUCAAACCUCACCGCGAAACCAACUGGCGGAGAAAGAGAUGAUAAAGGCGGAAAAAGCUAAGCUUGAGGCGGAAUCUCUCCAGCUUGCGGCGGACCAGGACAGACUAAAGGUUGAGAGAUUCAGAAUUGAGGCGGAAAGAGAUAUUCUUCUGAAAGAAAGAUCUAGUCUAGAGAUACAGAGGGAGAGAUAUCUCCAAGAGAUGAGAUCCUCAAGAGAUAAACAAGAUGGCAGAGUUCAUGUUACAGAGAUUAAUAAAUCUAAAUCAUCUCCAAACCUUCCAUCAACGGCGUCAGGUGGUAGAGAAGUUAGAAGUGUAGGUGGUGGUCCUGAAAGUGAAGGUGGAGUUGUUGGAGGUCCAGGAAGUGUACAUGACCUAUGUGAACGGGAACUAGCUGGAGUACACCGUACUGCUGCUGGACUCCAGAGUAAGAUUGUUCAUUUAGAGAAGCUACUGGAGAACACAGAAAAUGCUUUGAAGAUAAAUCAGAACCAGAAUGCUGAGAAUAGUAAACGAUGUUAUGAGCAGAGUUCUCAAAUACUUCAGCUGAAGAACGCUGUUAGUCAGGCCAACAUUACUGGAGACCAGCUCAGGGCUAAACUGGACAAGAAGGAAGAUCUGGUGCGCAGGCUCUUGGAUGAAAAAACCUCGGCAUUGGACAAGGAGCGCUCCACACGGGACAAAUUGGCGGAGCUUGAAAAGGAUCUCUCAUCUAGGAGAAGAAAAAUUGAAGAGACAGAGAAUGAAAUUGAAAGAUUAAAAAGAAUUGAAAAGGAUGAGGUGGAUCAUAGGGAGAGGGAGGUGAGAAGCGUUAAGGAGAGAGAGAAGAGGAUAAAGGAGAAGGAGAAGAGGAUUGAGGAAAAGGAGAAGGAGUUUAGAAGGAUGAAGGAUGAAUGGAGUAGAUCAGAUGAAACAUCGAAGAAGAUUUCUUCAGAGAACUCAUCCCUGAAGGAAGAGUAUUCUAGGUUGGAUGUUGAGUAUAAGGAGAAGGUUCGGGAGAACCAAGACAAGGCUGAUGAAAUCAAUAUUCUUAAGAUAGAACUGCAAAAGUAUAUUACAGAGGUUCGGAGGAUAGAGGCUGUAUUAGAGGACAAGGAGAAGGACAGGAGGAGGAUUCUUAUUCAGUUCGAGGAACUUUCAAGGGAAAACCAUGAAACAGAGACGAUAAACAGAACCCUAGAGAUGCAAACAGAUAAUCUGGUUCUUGAAAUCAAAGCCAAACAGUCGGACUUAGAGGCUGCUAAGGCCCGAUGUGAAGGACUAGAUAAAUAUGUUGAAGAGGUUCUCCGACAAAAUGAACAAUUUAGAACUCAGAUAAUCACACUCAAUGCAAAGGUUGAUAUGUUGACUGCAGACCUUCAGGACAACAGGAUAGCUAGAGAUAGUGUACUUACUGACCUUGAUGGAGUCAAUGAGCUAGCGGUCAAACUAAACUCUGAUAAGGUUGAUUUGCUGCAUAGGAUUGGAACACAAAACGCUGAGGUUGAGACACUCCAAGGGGAGCUCGUCAAGUUAAGAGAGGAGUUGUUGCGGGCUAUGGCAAAUCUAGAGGAUGAACGGCACAGAGGUCGAACAUUACAAAACCUCGUUAUAUCCACACAGUCUGCAGAGACAAGGGAGACAGUGAUAAAGGAAGUAGAAGAAGAAUUAAACCAGAACUAUAAUUACGAACGAUCUCAACAUUCGGACAAUAAAUAAUAUGAUAAUGAGAUUUUUCUAAUUAUUCUACAAAACCCUAAACGUUAAAGGGACUGUAAGCGAAAUUUUAAGUGACCCUUCAUGCGAAGAUCGCAAAACCCAAAUUUAAAUGGUGUACUUUUAACCUCAAUCUGAUCAAGAAUGUGGAAGAUAUCGUUGUUUUUUUCUGAACUUGGCAUAUUUUUCUGGAAACUAUAAAAGCUUAACCCCUUGGAUAAAUUGAUUAAAUCUCAUUUCAUUUACUAGUCCUAUUUCUCCUGUUUAAACCUAGAUUAAGGGUGAUACUAUGCACUUUUUUUAAUGAAAUCCAUGUUGUGCCAAUCCCAACUUUUAUUCGAUUCAAGUCUUAAAUAAAUCUGAGACAAUU